GAAAAUAGAUUAUGACGGCGCUGUCCGUGCGGCGAUUGAACCUACAAAACGCGCUAAGCUGCGCUGUUGGCUCUGCGGAGCUGCGCGAGCGGCGAUAAAUUAGGGACGGGUGUGGCUGUGUUUCAAACUGUGUCGGCGGGAAAAGACGGUCCAAUAGCGAAUAGGUGACGCAGCGCGUUCUCGCCAAUGACAGGCGACCGCGUUCAAGACGCCCAAUGAGCGCAGGGCGCUGUUAGAGUUGAAAAAGCCAGCGUCCGCCGUUGCCGUUUAUUCUGUUUCUCAUCUGUGAAGUGCAGAGCUCACCGCCAUGGCAAGAACCAAGCAGACGGCCCGUAAAUCCACUGGUGGUAAGGCGCCGAGAAAGCAGCUCGCCACGAAGGCUGCCCGUAAGAGCGCCCCCGCUACCGGCGGCGUGAAGAAGCCUCACCGUUACAGGCCCGGCACCGUGGCUCUGAGGGAGAUCCGCCGUUAUCAGAAAUCUACUGAGCUGCUCAUCCGUAAGCUGCCCUUCCAGCGCCUGGUAAGAGAAAUCGCUCAGGACUUUAAGACCGAUUUGCGCUUCCAGAGCUCGGCUGUCAUGGCACUGCAGGAGGCGAGCGAGGCAUACUUGGUCGGCCUGUUCGAGGACACUAAUCUGUGUGCCAUCCACGCCAAGAGAGUGACCAUCAUGCCCAAGGACAUUCAGCUGGCACGCCGUAUUCGCGGAGAGCGCGCUUAAACGCCGACUCCGUCUAACGCACACAAAGGCUCUUUUAAGAGCCACCUCACUGUCUCACAGAAACGAGCCCGUCUCCAUCCCCUGCACGGAACACCGUUCUGUUUGAGCUCACGGUUCGAGUGGAGUCGGAGCAGUGAAACAGAACAGCUGUUAGGACACAGUGGCCAGAGUUCUAGAACUUCUCGCGGUUUGACUAACAGGUUUUUGUCCCCGUCCUUUUAGAUAUUGUGGUGUCUGAGCGCCGCUUCAGUAAUCAGAAGAGAAGCAGAAAGUUUUCUCCGCUGCUUGGAAAUGAGCAAAGCGCUCCACUGGACACUUUCUCACACGGAGGAGGCCGACAGACGGGCUGCUGGAGCCGGGAUUAAUGCAGGGAAAGCG